CGCGAGUGUGCGACUACAUCAGCGACGAUUGUGAUUGCAUCGGUGUUGUACUUCGAAUUUGUGCUACUGUUACAUUCGGACGGAUAAAAAAGCUCCAAAGUACCAUCGAGACGGAAAGUCAGUGAACUUGUAAGCAUUUAUUUACGCACUACUGUUGCAACGAUAACGCUUACCCACCCCGUCAAGGUCAUUUAAGCCGUGGAAUCAAAAGUUUUGUAUUAUUUUGCUGCCAAUCGUUGCACCCCAGUUAUUACUUACGGAGGGUGUGAAACGUCAGCAGAGCUAGUCCUUCGCGUAUGAGAAGGAGGCGAGAGAUUUCUGUACGAGCUGUGGAUGAGCAGAGGAAAAAGAGAGAACAGGACUCUGCACACAUGAGUAACAUGAUGCACCGGCAGCAGCAGUCAACGCAAGACUCGUGCGGCGCAGCACCGACGCUCAAACAGCAGCAGCUGACGACGUGCUGGUCGACAACGGAUCAGCGCACGACAAUCAGCAAAAGGCCGAUUACUCGCUCAUCGUCAAGAUGGUCGGAAGCUGCAGCAACAGGCACCAUUGUCAAGAAGAGUGGAACUAUCAGUACAAGAACCGAAUUCAGGAGGAAGGGCAUCACUAGGUAUUCCAAUAGUACCAACAACAGCAGUUCCAGCCUACGGUACAGCGGUAGCCUGUUCUCCACCACGUGCAGCAGUCUGUUCAGCAGCAGUAGCAGCAGUAGCAACUCGCUUCUGUCCAUACUGGCCUGGUCGAUGACGCUACUGCUCGUGUCCUCGUACCUCGGCAUCGCCGAUGCCGGCUCGUUCAUGGGCCAUUCCUUGGGCAAGCGCUCAUUCUUGGACAUACAGUGCAAGGGGGUCUACGAUAGAAGCCUGUUCGCAAGGCUCGACCGCAUCUGCGAGGACUGCUACAAUCUGUUCCGCGAGCCCCAGCUGCAUACACUGUGCAGAAAGAACUGUUUUACGACGGACUACUUUAAAGGAUGUCUGGACGUGCUGCUACUGGAGGACGAAAUGGAAUGGAUAAAAACUUCCAUCAAACAACUCCACGGAGCUGAUCCUGGGGUUUAGGCAGGAUUGCUUCAGCAGCGAAUACUUUACGAGCUGCAUCCAAGCGCU